AGGAGGUAACACUGAGGGAAGAGGCGGCGGCCGCACAGCACUCGGGGAGACGGAGGAGGAUAAGGAAGGGGAGAGGAGGAAGAAGGAGAGGAAGGAGCGGUGGCUCUCGGCGGAUCCUGGUGGCUGCCGGGACCAGGCGGAAAUUUCCAAUUCAUUGCUUGCUGAGUGUCCUGUCUGCUGGAAGUCAUGUCCAUAUUGCCAUUCACUCCACCAGUUGUGAAGAGACUUCUAGGGUGGAAAAAAUCGGCUGGUGGCACGGCAGGGGCUGGUGGUGGUGAGCAGAAUGGUCAGGAGGAAAAGUGGUGUGAAAAAGCAGUGAAAAGCUUGGUCAAGAAGCUAAAGAAAACAGGACAGCUGGAUGAGCUUGAGAAGGCAAUUACCACUCAGAACUGCAAUACAAAAUGUGUGACAAUACCAAGCACUUGCUCUGAAAUUUGGGGACUGAGUACACCAAACACGAUAGAUCAGUGGGAUACAACAGGCCUUUACAGCUUCUCUGAACAAACCAGAUCUCUGGAUGGCCGUCUGCAGGUGUCUCACCGCAAGGGACUGCCACAUGUCAUUUACUGCCGCCUGUGGCGCUGGCCAGACCUUCACAGCCACCAUGAACUUAAGGCAAUUGAAAACUGUGAAUACGCUUUUAAUCUUAAAAAGGAUGAAGUAUGUGUAAACCCUUACCACUACCAGAGAGUGGAGACACCAGUCUUGCCUCCUGUGCUUGUGCCACGGCACACUGAGAUCCUAACGGAGCUGCCACCUCUGGAUGACUAUACUCAUUCCAUUCCUGAGAACACUAACUUUCCAGCUGGGAUUGAACCACAGAGCAAUUACAUACCAGAAACACCUCCUCCAGGAUAUAUCAGUGAAGAUGGAGAAACAAGUGACCAGCAGCUGAACCAAAGCAUGGAUACAGGGACACCUUCCACUACCCCAUGUUGCUCCCAGCCCUGUCCAGCCUGGCCUUGGACACUUCCAGGAUCUCCAGCAGAGCUGUCUCCUAGUACUCUCUCUCCAGUUAAUCACAGCCUGGACUUGCAACCCGUUACUUACUCGGAGCCUGCGUUUUGGUGUUCAAUAGCAUAUUAUGAAUUGAAUCAAAGAGUGGGAGAAACCUUCCAUGCGUCUCAGCCUUCCCUGACUGUAGAUGGCUUUACAGAUCCAUCAAAUUCAGAACGAUUUUGUCUAGGUCUGCUUUCCAAUGUAAACAGAAAUGCUACAGUGGAAAUGACAAGGCGACAUAUAGGAAGGGGAGUGCGUCUGUAUUACAUUGGUGGAGAAGUUUUUGCCGAGUGCCUGAGUGAUAGCGCGAUCUUCGUUCAGAGCCCCAACUGUAAUCAAAGAUACGGCUGGCAUCCUGCAACUGUGUGCAAAAUUCCACCAGGAUGCAAUCUAAAAAUCUUCAAUAACCAAGAAUUUGCUGCUCUUCUGGCUCAGUCUGUGAAUCAGGGCUUUGAAGCAGUUUAUCAGCUUACUAGAAUGUGUACCAUAAGAAUGAGCUUUGUUAAAGGAUGGGGGGCUGAAUACAGGCGGCAGACGGUAACAAGCACUCCUUGCUGGAUUGAGCUGCACCUGAACGGGCCUCUACAGUGGCUGGACAAAGUAUUGACUCAGAUGGGCUCCCCUUCAGUUCGCUGCUCCAGCAUGUCCUAAAACUCUCCUCUGUCACCAGUGGGCUAAAAAUCGAAUCCAGUCAACAGACUUAAUAUAACAGCUCGUCUGUCGUAGUAUUUGUGUGUGGUCCCCAUGAACUGUUUACUAUCUAAAAAGGUUUUUUAAAAAGGAAAAAAAAAAAAAGAAAAAGGAAAAGAAAAGAAAAAAGAAAAAACAGCACUUGAGGUCUCAUCAGUUAAAGCACCUUGUGGAUUCUGUUUCCUAUACUCUGAUACUAGAUGAAAAUUUAGUGUAUAGAAAAGCCUUCUUCAGAAAGAAGGGACAGUUCUAAAGACUCUUUAAUGGUGUUUUUUAUUGGGUAUAUAAUUGAGUGUCCUAAUGGUUAUCAAUAACAUGAAUAGCUAAGUAUAUAUACAGAUAAUGUAUCAUGAUCUCAAAUAUCACAGUAUUGUGCUGUUCUACAUUUUAAUUCCCGUAAAUAGUCACUUUGGUUUUUGAUUGGGGCAAGUAUCUCAUAAACUUCCAACACUUUGCUCCCUUUUCUUUUACUUUCUUUUUUAUAUAAGCAGGUUUUCAAGUUGUCCUAAACAUAAAAAGGCUUUCCUUAUAGAAAAGAUGAAUUUUUUGCUGCGUUCUUAAAGAGAAAGUCCCUCCAUUAGAAGGGAAAGAAAUGUCUUGAGAUUCAUCUGUGAAGUCUUAAGACACUUUAUAUACUUAAUGGGGCCUAAAAUGAAAUCAUAUUAUAAAUUCUGAGUGUCCAUCACACUAGCAGUCUACUUUUUGAUACCCAUCUGAGUUGAUGCAUCUGUUGCCAGCAGUAUUGCUGGCAGUGCUGUAAUUUGGGACUUUUUUUGUACCUUGAAUCAUUGAAAUGAGUGGUUUUUCUCAUGGGCUGAGAAUUUACCAUGGCUUUCAAUAUUGGAUUAAAUGCACAAGGUUAUUGGCUUACCCCUUACAUCUGUAUUUUUUUUCAUUGAGUAAGUCUUAUCAUCUGUAUUUUUUUCAUUUUUUCAUAUGCCAUUAAAAAUAUUGGGGUUUAGUUUUUGGAGCCGUAUACCUUGAAAAGUCAUUUCCCGGGGUAAGCUAGAGUCUUUUUGUUUAGGUUUUAAAUAGAUGCAGCUUCUUAACAUAUUUCAGUAACAGAAUUUAAAUUUCUUAUCUGAGUCGCUUUUAUAGUUUACUUACACACCUGAUCAUAUGCAUUCAUUAUGUCAUAAUGGGCCUUGUUAUUAAAAGUAGUUGCUUCUGCAAAACCUCUAGAAUAGUGGUUGCUGAGGUAUGACCAGCGAAGGAGGACUUCCAGGUUCUUCAUGACAGUGCAUGUUAUUGUGAACCCUUGGACACUACAGCUGCACCAUAUUAAAAAUACUCUGAAAUAUAUUCUACAGAUAAGUCUGGGUUGGGGCUGGGUUGGGAAACUGUAUAGGAGGGUUAUUCUGACUUGAAAAAUACACAUCUUACUAACAAUCUUGUGAUCUAGCUGUCUGUCAUUCUUUUGUUAUUGUGGCAGUAGCAGGAUUGCCUUUGUCUGUUUUUUUCCAUUGUUUCAUCCAUUACACUAGUUUUGUACUUUGUAAGUACAGCUAGUGAUAACUUAGCUUUGAGAACAAAAUGUGGCCAGUGUUACAGCUUUUAAUCACUUGACUGAAUCGAUGAUAGUGAUGGAUAUUUUUAUGCCAUAAUGACUAGGGCAUAGAAGCAAUACCAAAAAUCAAGCCUUGAGAAAAUGGGCCAGACCUUUCAAAAAUUGGCAAAGCAGUUACCCGUUUGUGCUAGUUUUACCAGUAGACUAAUGUAUUGGUAGAACUUGUGAACCUAAGAGAUAAGCUUCAUGCGUGUUGCAUUUGCCUAAUAUGUGAAUACACUAAUAAAAGUUUUAAUUCUCACAA